CGAAGAGGCCCUAGCGUGGGCACGACAGUUCCGUGGGAAUACGAAUGUCGUGCAUUAAAUCUAUUUCAAUUCCCAAACAAACUUUCAAUGGUUUUGUAUUGCAAUAGAAUACUGCAAAAUUUCUCUACCAGCCAUGUCUCCAGACCAGCCGGUCAGGAACGAUGCCACAUCGCACCUCAGCGCCGCUUCCAUCGUUGGUGGGCCAGAGAUGACCGCUCCAACACCAGCUAAGAGUAACAGCCAGGACAACAACAUGAUUUCGAACGCCAAUACCAAUCAUUCAGUGCCAGAUGUCAAGGAGGACGAGCUGAAGGUUGUCGAUGGAGAGAAUACGGCCGGUAAUGGCGUGGCCGGUGCUUCCGAAGCAUCAAGUACUACAACCAAGGCUGUAGAUACCGUCACCGAGGUAUUUGCUGAGGCCUCAACCAACGACCAAGAUAAUCUGCACCGAUCCAUCCAGAACGCCUACCGAUCCCAGAACUUCUACGGACAAUCAAAGAACCUAUUCAACCAAGAAAAAGACGACGAAAAGCUCGACAUUCGAGCAAAGCAAGCAGUACUGCACCUGACCUGGACUGAUAUAAGAAUUAAAGAGAUGGAGAAGGAGAUUAAACUGUUGCGCCGAGACGUCGACGGACUUCCAGCAGACUUCGAAGUCAAGAAGACAUCGAAGCAACCAGUGUACGAACAUAAGCUGAGACGUUCCAACCUGUCGGGAUUCAGACUCAAUGACGAAUCCAAGAACAUUCCAGACAAACAACGACCGGCUGUGGAGGUUCUGAUCUCCGAUCAUAACGCACCAAGAGUGUCGGAAUCUACGGCUGAGAGUUCGGAGAACUCACCCACGAAUACUGUGGACCCCAAGAUCGACGCUUCGAACAGACCAGCAACAGAGGGCAGCAUCGUUUCAAUCCCAGAGAGACUGCGAAUUAGAUCCCGCGCAUUGCUAUCCCUUCUUGGGCGUAUCUCUGGAGAAGAACUAUUGUCGGUCGGAUACACCAGGAACGUUGAAAACCCGGCACCAGUCAUUUUCUUACGACCAUUCAAGCUCUUCGUAACAUACGACGAAAAAAUUAGAGCUGAAGUUCCUGCCUUGGAACUGAAGAUUGAAAAAGAGGCCCAGCAAGCAGCCAAUGUGCCAGAAGUUCCUGGAGUAAAGAAGGAACUUCCUGACUUCGACAACAAGGAUCUUCUUGCAGACUUGAAGUUAUUGAUCGAGUUUCUGGAUGUAGAUCUCAAACCGACGUUUGAGCUGAGGAGGAAAAUCAAAGAAGGCACCGCUACCCAUAUUGAGUUCCAGGAUUUGUGGCACCUGUUCAAUCCUGGCGACCUUAUCAUAGAUCCUGCUGGAGAUUCCGAGGCGUUUCGAGUCAUUAGCUAUACUGGAGGCCGUGAAAUCCUGAUUGACAAAAUCGACCCGGUCAAGAAACCUACGCCACUGGAAGGGUUCAUGGUAGAUUGCUACAACCUCAACUAUAAUGGCUCAGUGUAUGGGCCGAAGCUAUACACCCAUUCCAUCCGACGAUUCCGCGGUCUUCAACCUAUCACAUCCUUACCCAUCUACCCGAUGAAAUUCGACCCCUCAUUCACCACUCUGAAGCAGACCUUAAUCGAACAAGGAACUCAAUACCUUGAGUUGACGAAGGCUCCAUAUGCGCACAAGACGUUGGUUGGUCAGACGCUGGAUGAGCCUGUUGAGGAGAUUGAUGCUCAAGUCAUAGUCGACAUGACACUGGCAAUCAACAAGAAUGCGGAGUGGAACCCCGAUCUGAAGAUCAGCGAGGGUGAUCUCACCGAACCCGACAAGCGCGAAACAGUUAUCCCUAUAUUCUGCCAUCACCAUCCGAAGUAUAGUGAAGGCUGUUGCGGAAGUGAUGUUACUUACAAAGAUCAAGACUGGGAUGAAUCGAGGUUCAGCACUUACUUUAGGGAUCACAGGCAAUCGUUGGCGCACCGAAAAGCUCACGAGAUCGAGGGAGAUGAUAUCAUGUUGCUUCCCUUCUGGGCGUAUGGGUUCGUCUUGAGAAGUAGACGGUGGAUCACUCUCAGGAUUAAUGCGCUGUCCGAAGUCAAGUACGAGAGUACAUUUGAUGAUCUUGUCUUACCAGAACUACACAAAGAUACAGUCAAAGCCUUGGUACAAGAUCAUGCAAGGUCCUCAGCUCAGAACUCCGCUGCAACAUCAAAAGUUGGCGCCGCCAUGGACUUGGUGCGAGGGAAAGGGAAGGGUCUGAUCAUUCUUCUGCACGGGGAACCAGGUGUUGGUAAAACCUCAACAGCAGAAUGCGUCGCAGACCUCACGGAACGACCCCUCUUCCCUGUCACUUGCGGAGAUAUCGGUGAGACUGCCGGGGAAGUUCAAGAGAAUUUGGACUACAACUUUCAAUUGGCUCACAAGUGGGGAUGUGUGCUUCUUUUGGAUGAAGCAGAUGUAUUCUUGGCGAAACGUGGAAAGUCAGACAUGAGACGCAAUGCAGUGGUCAGUGUGUUUCUGCGUACCUUGGAGUACUACAGCGGCAUCCUAUUCUUGACAACAAAUCGAGUAGGGAGCAUCGAUCCCGCUUUCAAGUCCAGGAUUCAUAUGAGCUUAUUUUAUCCUCACCUAAGCCUCGAUGCCACCGCGAAACUAUACGAGGUAUUUAUUAAGAGGACAGUCGACGAACAGAAGAAGUCGCAGAUGGUGGAAUUCAAGAUCAAGCAGAAAGAGAUCCUGAGAUUCGCAAAGUCGCAUUUCAAACGACUAGAAAAGAGCGGUCUCAGUACUUGGAAUGGACGACAAAUCCGCAACGCAUUCCAAACAGCUAUUGCGCUGGCCGAAUACGAAGCGCGUCAGCCAGGAGCAGAGCUCCCAUUCCUAGGCAAAUCACAAUUCGAAAUCAUUGCCGAAGCAUCCGAAGAAUUCGACAGAUACCUGAAGCAUACACUUGGAGACACAGAUGCCGAUAUCGCCAGGAAAGAAAAUAUGAGGUCGGAUUACUUUGGGGCUCAACAUGUUGGGAAACCGCCAAGCGUAGCGAGAUCAGGUCUUCGGCCUUCAAGACGCAAUGGUAGAGAUCCUGAGAGUGAUUUCGAGGUUGCUUCUGAGACCGAGGAGGAGGAUGAGGAUGAAGAUGAGGAUGAGGAGGAUGGAGAAGACGCCCUUGAGAAUCACAGGCCAGGUAAAGCGGCUGCGCCGGGGCCUUCGAAAACUACGACGACGGUGGUUACGAAGGAGGAUUUUGGGGAGGACGAUAUGGAGGCAUUCAAACAGUUCAUGCAGUUUAAGAAGAUGUCGAAAAAGUAGAGCUGUAGUGGACUUCUCCUUCGGAGGUAUAACAUGAUUAGAUGGUGUAUAAUUCUCUGCAGAAGGCUAGACCUCAGAAAAUUCAGCUCCAUACUUCUUAAUAACG